CCAUGGCCGACGACUUCGGCUUCUUUUCCUCGUCCGAAGGGGCUGGCGCCGAGGAGGACCCGGCCGCCGCUUUCCUGGCCCAGCAGGAGAGCGAGAUCGCGGGUAUCGAGAACGACGAGGGCUUCGGGCCGACCGACGGCGAAUCGGCCGCCAUCCCCGCCGGGCAGGCGGCCCCGCCGGAACUGGCUGGUUUCCAGAAUGGAGGAGCCACUGUCAAUGGAGAUGUCUUUCAGGAGUCCAAUGGUCCCACGGAUGCCUACGCAGCCAUAGCCAAGGCUGACCGGCUGACCCAGGAACCUGAGAGCAUCCGCAAGUGGAGGGAGGAGCAGAAGAAGCGUCUGGAGGAGCUGGAUGCUGCAUCAAAGGUGACUGAGCAGGAAUGGCGUGAGAAGGCCAAGAAGGACCUGGAGGAGUGGAACCUGCGUCAGAAUGAGCAGAUGGAGAAGAACCGGGCAAACAACAGGAUCGCUGACAAAGCCUUUUACCAGCAGCCGGACGCCGAUGUGAUUGGCUAUGUGGCCUCAGAGGAAGCAUUCCUGAAGGAGUCCAAGGAGGAAACCCCAGGCUCCGAGUGGGAGAAGGUGGCCCAGCUCUGUGAUUUCAACCCCAAGAGCAGCAAGCAGAGCAAGGAUGUCUCGCGGAUGCGCUCGGUGCUCAUCUCCCUCAAACAGACGCCCCUGUCCCGUUAGCUGCCGCCUGGCACAGCCGGGAGUGCAGCAGGGCAAGGCCAGGCUCACUGAGCUGGGCGGCUUCGUGGGGCCAGCCCAGGAGGGGCCUCACCCUGCCUGCCUGCUGCUCCCUGGUGCCUGCCUUGGCUGUGCUCAAGUCACUGGUUGUAACUCUCUCCAUGGUUUUCCUUUGCUUAAAAGGUGCAUCGGUCUCUUUUUACACUUAUUUAUUACGGUGGCAUUUCCCUGGGAAGCGGCACUGGGUGGCAGAGCUGAGCUAGUGGGGGAGCCUCUGGCCUGGGCUCUGUGGGAGGUUGUGCCCAGUGGCCUGGCAGGCUGAGAGGGGGAACACCCCACCCCGUAUUCCCCACCUCAUCCCUAUGCUGGAAAUAAACCUGCCUGCAGCCAUCGUGGUGCUGGGCAGCUCCAGGCAUGGCAGCCUGGUGUCUGGACCUAGAUCCUAUCCCCAGGGCAGUGAUCUUAGUGGGACCCCAGGCUGCCAUCUGCCUUUCCCAUGGGGUCUAGAGCAGAGCUGGUGUGGGGCUGGGAGGGUGGAGGAGCAGCCCUGACUCAGUUCUGCACUGCUAGGCCCUCCCGGGAGCACAGACUGCAGCGUGAUGCUGCCAGGCUAACAGGGACUGAGGAAUGUCAGUGCAGGCACCCAGGCUGGGCUGGGACUGCCAGCAGUUGCCCCAAGCCCAGCAGAACUCUCCCCAGCCUGGCUGUGCAAACCAAAAAGCUGGUGGGGCUCUGAGCAGCAGUUGCAGUGUCUGUGUCUCAUCUAUCCUGUGCAGGGCACUGGGAAGGGGUCAGGGGAUGAGUGUGCACGAUGUUUUCUGUCCUUCCUCCAAGACCACCAGCAGCUGGGAAUGUGGGGUGCCAGCCUUCAGGGGCCCUUGGCUCUGCUCUGCUCCUUCCUUGGCUAUUAGGAUGGGAGAUGGGAGACUGUGUUGUUGCAGGAAAGGAGGUAGAAAGGUCCAGCUGCUGUGGAGCAGGUUGAGCCCCCAGCUUCCUAACCCAAGGGCCUAGAGCAGGAUUGGUCACAGGCCUGGAGCUGGUGCUUAUUCUGUCCCUAGAGAACAACCCACACAUUUGGCUGCAGCUGCUCUGUGGCUUCUCUGUCCCCCACUGGAUAUGCCUAAGGCAGCCUGGCAAGAUGCCUUAGUCCUGCUCCCUGCCCCACAAGGCACAUGCUUUCCAGCCUGGACACCAGCUUUCUCUCCUCUGCUUGGCGGGGCCGCCACCAGCCCCUCCAGCUCUGGAAUCCUGCAAAACUCUUUGCUGGCAAGAGAAGGGCAGGUCUGCACACACCCUGCUGCAGGGCAGCCUUGAGCUUAUGCCCCAGGUCUGGCCUGCUGGGGAAGGGCUUGCAGCAGUGGGCUGGGGGGGACAUGGAACAAAGCCUGGAAAGCAUUUGCUUGAGCCUCACUGCAAAGCCCUGCUCAGCCCAAAAGCAAGUAUGCAGAGAAAUACUGCCCUGCAGCUAUGGUUCCACAAGCCAGGAAGGUUACCUGCCCUGCUGCUGCAGCCCUCGUGGGGUGCCCAGCAUCCCUGGCUCUGGGGCACAGGCUCAGCCGUGGGCUGGGAAGGGAAAUGGGUGCGUAGGGAGUCACUUGGUGUUGUGUGCUGGGAUUGUGCCCCCUUAUCCGUAGGGCUGAUCGUUCCUACUCUGUCCCCCUGUGCUCCAGCAUGUGUAGGCAGCUCUGCUGCGGUGCGGGAUGGACACCAAUGCAGGAUACCCGGGGACUCGGCUGCCUGCCUCUGCCUUUCACCACAGUGCAGCGGGAAGCGCCUCUGGCUGCUUCUCGGGGGCCAGGAGCCCCCCUGCACACUGUCUCCCCACCUUCUGCAGGCAGCCAGGCCCCUGGGCUGCCCAGCUGCCGUGCACCCCACAUCAGGCAGGGGCAGGCAGCUCCCGGGGAGCCGUGCCCACAGCUGUUCUACAUCCCCUCAGCUUUAGUAUCUGUAACUGUUCAAAUUAUCUGUUACAAUAAACCGACAUCACCAAUCCUA